AUGAGCUUUUUCGGGUUCGGACAAACCGCGGAUAUUGAAAUUGUGUUUGACGAUGCUGACAAACGAAAGGUUGCCGAAGUUAAAACGGACGAUGGAAAAAAAGAAAAAUUAUUACUAUAUUAUGACGGUGAAACAGUGUCUGGGAGAGUUAAUGUUACUCUGCGAAAACCUGGAUCCAAAUUAGAGCAUCAAGGGAUCAAGGUUGAACUUAUCGGUCAGAUAGAAUUAUUUUACGAUAGAGGUAAUCAUCACGAGUUUAUAUCAUUAGUGAAAGAGUUAGCGCGUCCUGGAGAUUUAUUACAACACACAUCCUAUCCGUUUGAGUUUGCGAAUGUGGAGAAACCGUACGAAGUUUAUACAGGUUCCAACGUCAGACUAAGGUACUUUUUACGAGCAACUAUAGUUCGUCGCCUUACAGACAUUGUAAAAGAAGUCGAUAUAGCUGUUCAUACAUUAUGCAGCUAUCCAGAUGUUUUAAACUCUAUAAAAAUGGAAGUUGGAAUCGAGGAUUGCCUUCACAUAGAAUUUGAAUACAAUAAAUCAAAAUACCAUUUGAAAGAUGUAAUAGUAGGUAAAAUUUACUUCCUACUAGUUCGUAUUAAAAUAAAACACAUGGAAAUAUCAAUAAUUAAAAGGGAAACCACUGGUUCAGGUCCAAAUAUAUUCACGGAGAAUGAAACAGUGGCAAAAUACGAAAUAAUGGAUGGAGCUCCAGUAAGAGGUGAAAGUAUUCCCAUUAGAGUGUUUCUAGCUGGGUAUGAUUUAACACCCACAAUGAGAGACAUUAAUAAUAAAUUUUCUGUAAGAUAUUACCUAAACUUAGUGCUAAUGGAUACAGAAGACAGACGCUACUUCAAACAACAAGAAGUUACAUUAUGGAGGAAAAGUGAUAAAUCUAGGCUGCCAUUACAUAAUCCGCACCACCCACAAACUUUGGCCCAUCCAUCAACAACUCCACAAAGACAACUAAGUGCAUCAAGUGAAGAGAAUUCAGCGAGAGGAUUAACACCUUCUAUGCCUGACAAUACAUUACAAAGAUCUGUAUCACCAAUGCCUAAUACAGAUAAACAUAAUGGACCCACACAAAUGGAACAAGAAGAACCUGAUGUACUACCAAACAAAUUAUCUAACACACACAUUGAAACGAGUGAGCCAAUGCCAGAAGCAGAUGAAAAAGCAGUGGAGAGGCCCAAAGUGUCAGAAAAACCACUUGACAAGCCACCAUUAGAAGAUCAAUCAUUACAAUCAGAGCAACCUGUUGAUGAAAUACCCCAAUCAGGAGACAAACCACAAAAUGUUAAUAAAUCACUUGAAAAACCUGUAGCUGAAAAAAUUGCCGUGGCUGAGAAGCCUUUAGUAGCUGAGAAACCCAAACUUGCAGAAAAACCAGUAAUAUCUGAGAAACCAGUUCUUUCACGGCCUGAAAGUGUUGAAGCUACUCCAAGUCAA